GACCUUACAAAAGGAGCCGAAAUUUGGUUUGGCACUCUCCCUCAAGCCUUAAGCAGAUAUAUUGACUUUAAGAUAUAGAUUAUUCAAUUGGUUACAUCCACAUAAAUUGUGAGUUUUCUGGCUCUUGUAGCCUUGGAUUCUGACCUUUGUGGGCAGUUUCUUGCAUUAAACUAAGCCAUAUUGUAUAAUUAGAGGAUGCUGUAUAUUAGCCUCGGGCAAUAUAUAGAACUUGUAGGCCCUUGACUGUAACUGGACUACCAAGCUUUGUGUGGUCUUUUUUAUUUUUUAUCGCCCCCAUAUUAUCAAUGAAAGUACAGAUCAUUGAGGUAUACAAGAGUGAGUCUUAACUCUUAAGUUAUCAUCCCCUCAUUCUAGGGUUAGGUUCUCUCUGAAUUUAGGUUUUAGAACUCGAUGGUGGAAUUUAGGCUUUACAACUCGAUGACACACCAGAAGGAGGUCUUCAAGCCCAAUGUUCCCGGCGAGGUGGGUAUGUACAUUUGCGGCGUCACGCCCUACGCUGAGAGCCACAUCGGUCAUGCCCGCGCCGCCGUCAAUUUUGAUGUGCUCUUCAGAUACUUAAUGGAGUUGGGUUAUAAGGUCACGUACGUGCGGAACUUCACCGAUGUUGAUGACAAGAUAAUUGAUGGAGCAAAUAAGAGUGGGGAAGAUCCAAUGACAUUAAGUAAUCGUUUUUGCGAAAAAUAUAAAAAUGACAUGAAAGAUCUCCAAUGCCUCGAUCCAACCUAUCAGCCGCGUGUUUCUGAUCACAUGGAUCAGAUAAUAGAUAUGAUAACACAGAUCGUCGACAAUGAAUAUGCCUACGUAGUUGAUGGGGAUGUAUUCUUUGCUGUUGAGAAAUUCCCAAAUUAUGGGCAAUUAUCUAGACAAAAUUUGGAACAUAUUAGGGCGGGUGAACGAGUUGAUGUUGAUUUAAGAAAGCGCAAUCCUGCAGAUUUUGCAUUGUGGAAGUCUGCAAAGCCUGGAGAGCCAGAAUGGAAAAGCCCUUGGGGACCAGGAAGGCCGGGGUGGCACAUUGAAUGCAGUGCCAUGAGUGCUCGUUAUCUUACAUACAAGUUUGAUAUUCAUGGUGGUGGUAUUGACUUGAUUUUUCCGCAUCAUGAAAACGAGAUCUCUCAAAGUGGUGCUGCAUGCCAGGAGGCUUGUGUCAGUUAUUGGUUGCACAACGGUCAUGUUACUAAGGAUAAUGAGAAAAUGUCAAAAUCAUUGGGGAACUUUUCCACAAUUCGUCAGAUUACUGAAAUAUAUCACCCACUGUCUUUGAGACACUUCUUGUUAAGUGCGCACUAUAGAUCUCCACUCAAUUACAGUGAAUCCCAGCUGGAUAGUGCAUCAGCUGCUGUCUAUUACAUAUAUCAGACUUUGCAAGAGUGUGAAGAUGCUUUAUCUCCAUUUCAAGAAGAGGUCCAGAAGGAAGGCACAGAACCAAAUGGUAGAACAGUUAAAAUUCCUCAAGCUGCCCAAGUUAAGCUACGGAAUGAGUUUAAGACUAAAAUGUCUGAUGACUUGAACACAGCACCCAUAUUGACUCGUGCUUUGCAAGAUGCCUUGAGGUCUAUAAACAGUUUUGUGCCUGAUCUUAAGAAGAAGCAGCAGAAGCAAAAACAAUGUUCCGUAAUCCAGGCCCUAGUUGAAACAACAAGAGAAGUUAGAAGAGUUCUGGGCAUUUUGGGUCUGCUAUCCUCCGAUACAUACUCUGAGGUUUUGCAGGAAUUGAAAAAGAAAGCUUUGAAUAGGGCAGGACUUACUGAAGAGGAUGUGCUGCUUGCGAUUGAAGAAAGAACAUCAGCAAGACAAAAAAAAGAAUAUGCAAGGAGUGAUCAGAUCAGAGAAGAAAUGGAGAGAAAGGGGAUUGCAAUCAUGGAUGUGGGCAAGGGGAGUAUUUGGAGACCUUGUGUCCCGAAAGAACAAAAACAAAAAACACCGCCAAACGAGGAAGAACAGAAGGCAUCACCUGUUGAACAAAAAGAGCGGCCUGUGUCGACAUGAUGUUGUCUGCUUAUUACUUGCCUAAACCCAUUAGGAUGAGUGAUGAUGAGCAGUAGAAAUUGUUUUUAAGAUCUGAUCAGACAUAAAUGAUGUUGUAAUACUUAUUUUUGAGCUGUCACUGGUUGUAGUCAGUCGCUGAGGUUCCUCAGAUUUUUUCUUUUCUUUUCAUUUUCCUACCUUGGUUUUACCCUGCUAGCUUAGAGCAAAAAGGGAUUACAACCUUCAGUCUUGUCAAGCAGCAUACUAUACAGGU